AUCUUGCAGAAUUGUGUCCCUUGCCAAUGUGCCAAAUGUUGACCUUUACUGAUAUAUUAUAUCAAACUUGUUUAGAGUUUCAAAUGUAUCUCAGGGUUUAAAAUAUAGGUUUUAAUAAUGUAUAAAACAGGACUUUUAAUUCUGACAAGACCAUUUCCUGUUUUAAAAUCAGCAGUUCAAUCUGUUUUGGAGGAAGCUGCAACAGUUGUAUCCAAUACACUCUAUGUUCAUAUUCAGCCAUCAUCCAGUUCACAUACAUUCAAAAUCCAGAAUGUGCCUUGUUCUAAAGACUUCAGAUUUCUAAUGACACAGUUAUACUCUUCUAGUGCUUCACUAUGCAGUAAUUUAGAUGUCAGAAUAAUACUGAGCCAUGUAACAAAUUUGCAAGUAGAAAGGAAUUUAAAAUUUGAUUUUAAAAGACCAUGUGAUAUUGUACUGAUAGACAAUCAAUUCAUUGCUGAUGCAUUUCAAAAUAAAUCAGAAUCGUUAGCAAGCUUAAUGAAAGAUGGAUUAAAAGGACCAGCAGAAAUACACACAUUAAGCAUACCUGCUGACCGUCAAACCAGUAUGAUAGAGGAUGAUAAAGUUGAAUCCUUUGAUAAUGUUGUUCUUGGUGGAACCUUUGACCGUUUACAUGCAGGUCAUAAAAUAAUGCUGAGUGAAGGAUGUUUUCUGGCAGAAAGACAGAUAACAGUUGGAGUUACAGAUGAAAAUAUGAAUCAAAAAAAGACAUUAUGUGAACUGAUAACUCCAACAGAAAAGAGAAUUGAGGGUGUUGUAGACUUUCUGCAGGAUAUCAAGCCAUGCAUUGAACAUAAAGUUGUGGCAAUCAAUGACAUGUUUGGUCCGACAAUCUCUGAUCCAGACCUUCAGUUUAUUGUAGUCAGUGAAGAAACAAAGAGAGGAGGAGAAAUAGUCAAUGAAGAAAGACAGAAGAAGGGAUUUUCUGUUCUGAAGCAGCAUGUGAUAGAACUAGUUGUAGAUUCAUGUCAUAAUCAAUAUGAAGAGGAAAAAAUUAGUUCAUCAUCAUCGAGAAAGAGGCUGCUUGGAACUGUUAUCAAUCCUAUCAAGCCAAACAAAAAUACACCUGGCUCUCCCUAUGUAAUAGGGUUGACAGGAGGUAUAGCUAGUGGGAAGUCAGCAUUGUGUGGAAGGUUAGAGAAACUAGGUGCUGGUAUAGUGGACUGUGACAAAUUAGGUCAUGAAGUGUAUUUAAAAGGAACACCCUGUUACAAUACAUUGAUAGAACAGUUUGGUGAUGAAAUCGUUGGUAAAAAUGGAGAAAUACAAAGAAGAGUUUUAGGAUCUAUUGUAUUUAGCAAUCCAGAAAAGCUGCAAUUACUCAACAGAAUUGUUUGGCCAGAGAUAGGGAAACUUGCAGAAGACAAGAUAAAGAAACAUGCUGAAAAUGGUAAAGACAUUGUGAUUUUGGAAGCUGCCUUACUAUUAGAUGCAGGCUGGAACAAUCUUGUACAUGAAGUAUGGACAUCUGUUGUUCCACCAGGGGAGGCAGUCAAGAGAAUGAUGGACAGAAAUAAUAUGACAGAAGAGGAAGCAAACAAAAGGUUAAAGUCACAACUAUCCAACAAGGAGAGGGUUCGAAGUUCAAAUGUUGUACUAUGUACUCUAUGGGAGUAUGAGUACACUCAAACACAGGUAGAGAAGGCAUGGUCCUUGUUACAGAAGAGGUUGAUAGAGAGGAACUCAGAACAUUCCAAAUAUUGAAUCAUUUUAAACCUGUGAUAUCUCAUCUCAGAUAACAAGCAGAGAGUACAUUGUCUUUCAAUCAUCUUUUUAAGAACACUUGUAUGUAGUAUAAAGCUCUAAGGAUAAUCGUGAAAAAUUUAAUAUUAAACUUGAAAUCACAUAGAAACAUGAUAUUGCCGUAUUUGUAACAGUCUGUUUAAAACCAGCCCCCACUAUCCACUUGCGAAAGCAAGUGGAUAGUGGGGCUGGUUUUAAUCAGACUGUAUUUGUAACAUUUUAAAGUAAUUUAAGUUAAUUUUCUAUGUACCGGUAAAUGAGUUUGGUGCUGUUUUCAGUUUUCUCACUGCACUUAGAUUUAAGUGUAACUUUAUUACCAAUGAAUUAAUUUUGCUGCUGUAAUAAUAUGUUUUUCUUUUUCUUUUUUAUGCCCCACCUAGGGGCAUUAUGUUUUUCGGUCUGUGCGUCUGUUCGUCUGUCCGUCUGUCCCACUUCAGGUUUUUGGUCAAGGUAGUUUUUGAUGAAGUUGAAGUCCAUCUUGAAAUUUAGUACACAUGUUUCCUAUGAUAUGAUCUUUCUAAUUUUAAUGCCAAAUUAGAGUUUUGACCCCAAUUUCACGGUCCACUGAACAUAGAAAAUGAUAGUGCAAGUGGGGCAUCUGUGUACUAUGGACACAUUCUUGUUUGAUACUGCUAUUGAAAGCCUAACACUCUUAUCACUUUAUUAAAUAUAAACAUCAGCUACAAUACAUGGUGGUUUAAUGUAAAUUUGUUACCAUUUUUAUUGUUUAAAGAAUAUGAUAAAUGCACCAUCUCUGCGAUAACAUGUAAUUUGUUAUAAGCCAGAUUAUUUGAGUAAUUUGAUAAAAUACCAUAUGCUAUUUAUUAUUUAUAUGUAUAAACAUUUUUUAGAUAAGAACUAAAUAAAUAUUUAAUCCAG